GAGCGCCUGAAAAAAUGGAAAUGGGAUGAACCGGGCCUUUCAUUAGGGCUGAAUUGUGCCCGGUUAUUGGCCCGGGGACUAUUUUUGUAUGAUUUUGGAACUCUGGGCAGUUCUAACUUCUGCGCACCUUGGAUUCUGGAACUUGAGCUUGAAGCCCUUCUUUCUUGCUUGCAAGUUCUGCAAGUUGCAUUUGCUUGCAUGACUUUGCUGCUUGCUUACAUGCUUGGAAUAUGGCGCUGGUUGAACCUGCAAGGAGGGUUCGAAGAUAGUUGUUGCUUAUCUUCAACAACUACUUGAAGGUAGAAGUAGGCUUAUAGGUAUAUUGACGAUUUCAGAGAGCGUAAGGGAGUUGUGUGAUGAUGCUUUAGGCAUUUGGUGGAGGCGGUGGUGGCGGUACCGGCAUGUGGUGGCGGCACGUCCUAUUGACAUUGUGAAGUUGCAGCAGACCUAUGGCGGCCGCAGCAUCUUCCAGCACUGACGGCCAAAACGGCGGCUCAGCAGAGCCGGGAUGGGGCAAGAGGUGGAAAAUAGCAGCUUCAACAACAUACCUGAUUGGUUUGGGAACCGUUGAGGUCUGCCAGAAUGUCGGGGAGCACGUGCUCGAUCACAUUCGACGGAAGCCUCCAAACACUUCAACUACACUUCAGGGCAAGGUGUGUGUGGUGACAGGGGGCAAUGCAGGGGUGGGGAAGGGGACUGCUGAGCAACUGGCAGCUCAGGGGGCACAUGUGGUCAUCGCCUGCAGAUCUGCAGAGCGGGCAAAGGAUGCCGUCCAGGAACUGAAGGCCAAGGCUGCCGCUGCUUCAAAGAAGGGGCACACAUGGGGCCCUGUGGAGAGCAUGUCGCUUGACCUGUCAUCUUUGCGGAGCGUGCACCACUUUGCGGACGAGUACGCACGCAGAGGGCUGGGGGUGGACGUCCUGGUCAACAACGCAGGAGUGAUGGCACCGCCAGACAGGAUAGUUACUGAGGACGGGCUAGAAGCGCAAUUUCAGGUGAAUUACCUGUCGCAUUGGCAGCUCACACGAGAGCUGCUCGAACAGCGGCAAGGAGCGCGCGUGCGCGGGAAGGCGGUGCGGCCUUUGCGCAUUGUCAACCUGACCAGCGUAGUGCACCAGGGGGGGCACAUCUGGUUUGACGACCUGCAGUUCGAAAAGAAGUACUGGCCCUUCGCCUGCUAUGGACAGGCUAAGCUGGCGAUAGUGCUGUCUACAAAGGAAAUACAGCGGCGAUACAAUAGAGAGGGAGUCAGUGCGGUGAGCGUGCACCCAGGGUUGGUUGACACAGAACUCGCAAGGAACUUCUUCACCGGAGUGCUUCCACGACCCCUUCAGUCUUGUUUACGUCCAGUGUUGAACCCUGUCUAUACCGCCUUUUUACGGACACCGGAACAGGCCGUUCAGGACGUUAUGAUGGCCAUCACAUCGCCUGAAGACGCAGUGGGCGGGAAGUACAUCGCAAACGGAAAGGUCAGGGCUGCGAAUCCGGUGGCUGAUGAUCCGGCCCUAGCAGCUCGGCUGUGGGAGGCAUCGGAGGAGAUUGUGCAGAAACGUUUGUGACAAAGAGUGCUCUUGCCGAAGUCCACUGCUAGGCUCCCAUGCACGCAGCAACUCCUCAAGCCACUUCUGUAAGAUAUUACAAGAGAUACGGGAGCUAGACAAGAUGGAAAAUAGACGGACAUAAGCUGUGCAGUACGAAAGGGAUUGAGCAAACUUUUUGUGUACCGAAAUGUAACAUACAUGCAAGAGACAUGAGGGUUGACUCCGGCCCAUGCAGAA